ACAUCACGUGCAAUAAAAUGUAUACUGACUAAAAACACUCGCACACCUACAAUUCAAGGCGGAAGAGACACGCACACGAUCUAAGAGCAAAUAAGAAUUAAAUCGAAUUGAUUCGAAUAUAACAAGCUAUCGAUAUAAGAUACAAGUGUGCGCAUUUCGACGACUAUUAAAGUUCGAGCAAAAUGAACAGUUUGGCGCGCGUUUUCAGCAAUUUGCAAGACUUUUACAAUGACAUCAAUGCAGCCACACUGACUGGAGCCAUCGAUGUGAUCGCCGUAGAGCAGCCCGAUGGCGAAUUCGUCUGUUCGCCCUUCCACGUGCGCUUCGGCAAGCUGGGCGUGCUGCGCAGUCGCGAGAAGGUGGUGGACAUUGAAAUCAAUGGCGUGCCCGUUGAUAUACAAAUGAAAUUGGGCGAUUCGGGUGAGGCAUUCUUUGUGGAGGAAUGCCUGGAGGACGACGAUGAUGAGUUGCCCGCCAAUCUAGCCACUUCACCCAUACCAAAGAGCUUUCUGCAAUCUCUGAACAACAAGAGCAUAGACACCCUGGAGGAUAUGCGCACAGCUGACAAAACCGCUAGCGAUGAUUUGCAAAUACCAUUGCCAAUGCCCCGUCGCAACUCAAUUGAUCUCUCCAAGGAGGAGCCAAAGGAAAUUGCCAACGAGGGCAGUAAGAAAUUCGAAAAUCAGGCCUCCGACUAUACGCACCGCAGGCACACAGACAACAUGUUGGAGCGGCGUAAAUUGAAUGAAUCACUUAAGGAGUAUACCACACAAAAGAUGCGCGAGGAGUGGGCCGAGCAUGAGGAGCUAUUCCUGGAGAAAAAGCAGCCUGAAAAGCUAGAGAAAUCGUCAGAUAAAAAAACCGAAUCCGAAACGGGAACCAAAGAGGAACCACAACCAGAAAGCGUUGAGAAGACACAGGCAACAUCCCAGACCGAAGCAAAGGAAGUUCAAACACCUCCAUCCGCCAAGCCGGAGGUGUUGAUAGCAACACCCACAAGCACAACUGCAGAGGCAUCCACAACGGUAUCCAACGAUGCCAACAAGGACGAUGCCAAAAACAAGACAAAGAAGCGACGCAAGAAGUCGCAAAUGAAGAAGAAGAAUACACAACGUAAGGCAUCAUCGAGCAGCUCUGCGGGCAGCGCCGCUGGCGGCGACACGACCACAGCAGACGCCAACUCUAUCAACUCAAUGCUAGUCAGCAACAUUGAUGAGACCGAUGUGGUGGCUCUGAAAUCCAAUACGAACACCAAUUCCUCCUCCAAUGAUGAGCAGGCAUCGGGAGCACUCCUAACCGCACACACGGGCAAUGAUAGUCCGUCAAGCGAACUGAGCCAUGCUGCCACGCCCUCGAAUUCGAUGCGCCAUGAUCUGGACAUACAUUUCUUCAGCGACACUGAGAUAACCACACCAACGGGCAUCGGAGCCGCUGGCGCUGGCCGGAAUGCGGGCCGACCAUCGACGCCAAUCCAAAGUGACAGCGAACUCGAGACCACAAUGCGUGAGAAACGUCAUCUGGACGUUGAGGAUAGCACGUUGUGGAAAUGGGGGGAACUGCCCACACCGGAGCAGGCCAAGGGCGCGGCCAGUGGUACAGAUGCCCAGCAGAGCGAGCGACAUUGGAUGCUAAGCAAUAUGUUUAGCUUUAUGCGUCGGGCGAAUCGUUUGCGCAAGGAGGGCGCCGCAGAGACGGGCGAUAUCUAUCUAUCUGAUCUGGAAGUGGGCAGCAUGGAUCCAGAAAUGGUAGCUCUCUACUUUCCCAGCCCCAAGCCCAAGGAGUCGGAUCGCGAGAGUGGCAAUGGCACUAGUCUGCCCCAUUCACCCAGUUCACUGGAGGAGAAUCAUAAGAGCUUGGAUUCGGACUUUGAUGAGACCCACAACAAACAGCCCGCACCACAUAGCAAGAAGUGGGUAGCUGUUCGGCGAAUGCGAAUGCAGCGCGACUAUCAAGAAUUUAUGUCUUAUCAACUGAAUUUAUAUUUGAAUAGAUACUUGGACUUCGUGGCCAUGUCCAUGUGCGGCAUGCAGGAGAAUGGUGCACCACCCAAGGAUGACGAUUUCGAUAGACAGCUGGUCACCUAUGCUGAUGUAUGCAAAAAUCCAAAUAUGUUCGCAUCACCAAAUCUAGUUGUACGUCUGAAUGGCAAAUACUAUACCUGGACGGCUGCAUGUCCCAUUGUAAUGACAAUGAUAACAUUCCAGAAGCAACUAACUGAUGAUGCCAUAGAACAGCUGAUCUCGCCUUCGACCCAAGCAGCGGAUGAUGACAAGCCGGAAGCGUCGCACCAAACGGGACAUCCUGGUCAAACCAAGCGUUCCUGGUGGAGCUGGCGUAGAUCUCAAGAUGCAGUGCCUAAUCAGGCAAAAAUGCAUAAGAAUGGUUCAAUUUCUAAGGAUGAGAAGGAUGGCGAUCAGGCAGCUGUCAGCACACAAACAUCACGCCCCAUUUCUCCAGACAUGAGCGAUCCAACGCUCAGCAAGACUGAUUCAUUGGUAAACCCCGAGAAUACAUCUACACAGGUGGAUAAUCUGGAAGAACUGACCAGUGGCUCCAAUAAGAGCGAUGAGCCAAAGGAGCGCUACAAGAAAACUUUGCGUCUCAGCUCAUCGGCUAUUAAAAAACUAAAUCUUAAGGAGGGCAUAAAUGAAAUCGAGUUCAGUGUAACGACCGCUUAUCAGGGCACAACGCGCUGCAAGUGCUAUUUGUUCCGCUGGAAGCAUAAUGAUAAGGUCGUCAUAUCGGACAUUGAUGGCACGAUUACCAAAUCAGAUGUUUUGGGACACAUAUUGCCCAUGGUUGGCAAGGAUUGGGCGCAAUUGGGCGUUGCUCAACUCUUUUCAAAAAUUGAACAGAAUGGCUACAAGUUGCUGUACCUAUCGGCACGCGCCAUUGGCCAAUCACGCGUGACACGUGAAUAUUUGAGAUCGAUCAGGCAGGGGAAUGUAAUGCUGCCCGAAGGCCCAUUGCUCUUGAAUCCCACUUCAUUGAUUUCGGCCUUUCAUCGGGAAGUCAUUGAAAAGAAACCGGAACAAUUUAAGAUCGCUUGUCUAUCGGACAUUCGCGAUCUAUUCCCGAAAAAGGAUCCCUUCUAUGCGGGCUACGGCAAUCGUAUUAAUGAUGUGUGGGCCUAUCGAGCUGUUGGUAUACCCAUUAUGCGUAUAUUUACGAUCAACACGAAGGGCGAGCUGAAACACGAAUUGACCCAAACAUUCCAGUCAUCUGGCUACAUCAAUCAGUCGCUCGAGGUCGAUGAGUACUUUCCCCUGUUGACGCAACACGAUGAAUACGAAUAUCGCACCGAUGAGGAAUUGUCUGAUGAACUACAAUUCACCACCUAUAAUGAUGAUGAUGAUGAUGAAGAUGAUGAUAAUGAUGACGACGUUGACGUUGACGUUGAUGAAGCUGAUGAUCAGGAUAUAAGCCUCAUUAUGGGCGGCAGACAUGGUGCCAAAAAUGAGAUACUAUUAGAAUCGCCAACAAAAUGGCUAAAUUAACCUAACCCAUGACUAAGUCAAAAAUAUGGGAAUUAUCCUAAAGUUGUGAUAUUCAAAUAUUUUUAGCCAUUAAGUUUCUAUAAUUAGCUUUAUAGGAGGGAGCAAAACUUUGAUAGCUUCGACUC